UCAGUGCGUGACCGUGAGCCUAUGUCAGAGGAGAGUACUGGAGCCCUGCAGUGAGAUGUCUGUGACAGAGUCUAAGACCGAGCUCUAUAACAUGGAGAGCUGUGCGGACACGGCCGCCCCGGCCGGGGAGAAGCCUGGCUCCCGCCGCCUGUCUGACAUAUUUGAGCGCUACGUUCAGCCCUGCGUGGCGGAGCUCCUGGGCUCUGCGCUCUUCAUCUUUGUCGGGUGCUCCUCUGUUAUCGAGAAUGUGGAGGGAACCGGGAGACUGCAGCCAGCCCUGGCACACGGGCUGGCACUGGCCGUGGUCAUCGCCCUGUUCGGUGAAAUCAGUGGGGGGCACUUCAACCCUGCAGUGUCUCUGUCAGUCUUCCUCACCGGGGGCCUCAGGGUCGUUCUGCUCCUGCCCUACAUUCUAGCCCAACUGCUCGGGGGGCUGAUCGGUGCAGGCCUGGCUAUGGCAAUCUCUUCAUCUGAGAAGCACAGCAACGCUACAGGAGCAGCUUUUAACGUGGUGAAAAGCGACGGUCAGGUGGGGGCGGCCACUGUGGCCGAGAUGGUGAUGACCCUCUUCCUGACGCUGACGGUGUGCAUGGCAGCCGUCAAUAAGAGGACCAGCAGCAGCAUGGCUCCUUUCUGCGUCGGGCUGACUGUGGUUGUAGACAUUCUGGCUGGAGGGGCAGUGUCUGGAGCGUGUAUGAACCCGGCGCGAGCGUUCGGUCCGGCUGUGGUUUCCAACUAUUGGAGCUACCACUGGAUCUACUGGGUGGGGCCUUUGGUGGGGGCUCUGCUAACAGCCACCUUUGUGAGACUGCUUCUUGGUGAUCAGAAAAUCCGGGUUCUUCUGAAGUGAUCGCCGCUAUGGAGAACAUGAUGCCCAAAGGUCGAUCUGCUGAAGUCGGAUGCGCCCCCUACAGUUAGCAUUUUCAUAUUCAAUUGAGUCCAACCGUUUUUAAAACUUGUAUUCUGGGUUUGGACAUGUUAAACAUUUAACUAUGAUCUCCUGUAGCCCAAAGGUCGAUCUGCUGAAGUUGGAUGCGCCCCCUACAGUUAGCAUUUUCAUAUUCAAUUGAGUCCAACCGUUUUCGGCCAAACUUGUAUUCUGGGUUUGGACAUGUUAAGCAUUUAACUACCUUCCAAAAAAAUCCAACCAUUAUAAAUUGACUAUAUGUUUCUGAAAAAUGCGAGUGUAACAUCAUGUGACACAAUUUGAAUAUAGGAAUGUUGUCACAUCUGCAGCUAGUGUCAGUGUCUACUGAACACCCCUUUCCUCCCACUGUCCUGUAACCUGUUCUAUAUUUACUUUAUUUAUACCUGUGCUCAUUUGUCUCUAACUGUUUUAUACCAUUUAAUUAUUUUUGUUGAUCAUAAGGCAUUUUUAAAAUGUUUAUUACAUCAACAGCAAGUCAUUUCCAAAACUACUGUAUAUUAAUUGAAUUUUAAAUUUGUUAUCUGCUAGAUAAUAUCCGUUUUUGUAAAAUGUAUAUGUUUUAAUAUGUUAAUAUUGUCCAGUAUGUUUGUAAUGUUUGUAAUCUAUUGUAUUAAAAAAAUUACAUGUACAUCACUCUAAA